UGUUGUCAUCCCCGUAUCUGUUGGGUCUACGCUGCAGCCAGUGCUGCGGGCAGCAGAAAGGGAAUAAAAGCCUCUUUAAAGAUUAUUUUUUAACUUUUCCCGGAGCAGACGGAUUCAGCUGGAGCUCAUGAACCUACCGGAGAGUUUCCAGAAGUUUCACCGCAGCAGGAAGUCCGUUAGCAGCUAGUUUAGCUCCAGGCUAGCCGGCUAGCUCCAGAGCUAGCAGCCUGUCAGAGAGUAUGGCGUCUUCGUUUAAAAUCCCUAAGAAGAAACGCCCUGAGGACUCUGACUCCGCCUCCAUGCACAUGCAGUCACCGCUGUCUCGCCUCCAAAGCCCCGCCCCUCAGUUUAAGAGUUACGCCAACCAGUCUGGCAGAGGCAGCGCUGGCAGGAUGCAUGCUGGGAACUCAUCAGGCUCCUCAGCAGAGAGUCAGAGCUCGCCAUUGUUCAAGAAAGUCGUCAAAACGCUACUGGGACUCAACAGCCCUCACAGAGCCUCAACAGCAAAUCACAGAGCAGCAGGAGGCUCCAACAGCCAAUCACAGCCCGGGCAGAGAGGAGAGACCUCGGCGCGUUUCUCUAACGGAUGGCGUCCUAAGAGAGCAUCAGACCGUCUGCUGCAGCCUGCAGACACCUCGGAGUCUCCGUCCCCACCACAGAAGAAGAGUGACCUCAGCAGUUCCUCCUCGUUUAACCGCAUCUCUGUGAAGUCUGUGGACUCACUGGCAGAGCUGCAGACACAGGAGCAUGCUGGGAGUUUGAGUUCUGUGUUGAGGAGGCAAGCAGAGAGUGACACUGGCGACUCUCCAGAGAAGAAGAACUCCUCAGAGGAUGACUUCCUGUCCCCACCCAGACUCAGGAUCAGACUCUCUGCUCAGAAACCUCCCCACAAAGACCUCCACAGACCCCCCAUCUCUCUGGCAACACCUGACAGGAGGCGGAGUCUGGACCGGACGGCAUGGCGCAACGCCAGCAGCAACCCGCAGGACGACCCCGGGGAGAGAGAGAGGAAGAGGUGGAGCGAGUUCAGAGAGAGGAAGAGGACGAAGACGCCAACCGUCCUGCAGAACCGACCGAAGAAACAGGAGAGACAGAACCCAACAGAACCCAUUGUUCUGUCCAGUGAGGAUGAGGAGGACGGGGAGGAUGAAGGAGACAGGGUCCAAAAGACACCACAAAGAACCAUCACAGGGCCGGAGUCAUGCCUGAGAAACUCAGAGAAGAGAGGGGAAACAGAAAAGGUUCAUCAGCCGUCACCGUUCAGAGGGGACUCAGACGGGCACGAGUCUCCGCCUCCGUCCUUCCUUCAGCUUGAGUUCAACUCUCUUCACACAGGCCUGACGCACGCACACGCCAACGGGGAGCUGCUGAUCACUGAACACUGCAUCACCAUCCCUCUGACAGGCGUGGAGGAAGGGGAGGUCACCGUGGUGGCGUCUCAGGUUCGGGGUUACGGUGUCUGGGACGGGGGCGUGGUUAGAAGCGGGACCUUGUUGGCUGAUUGGAAAGGCCCCGCCCCUUCGCUACUCUUCCUGUGGGUGACGGACGCUCAGGCCAACCUGCUGCAGAAGGAACUGUCGGACAUCCAGGCGUCUAACAACUCGACAGGUACUCAAUGACACUGAGAGGCUCAG